AUGGCAUUCAAGACCGAUCCGUCCCGACGUGAUCUCGCCACCAAACCAAAUGCAAACCGUUGGAGAAAACAUAAACACCUUCGUCCUGGUCGGACGCAGCGGCCACAGCUCCACUACUUCCUCUCCGGCAUCUACUUAAGAACUGCAAAGGUUUUUCUUCCGACAAAGAAUUGCAAAGGUGAGCUUACUUCUUCUUCUUCUGCAAAGAAGAUGCCGACGUUGUGCAUCACGGUGGACAUGGGGUGCAGCCGCUGCAGUGCCAAGAUCCAGAGGGUCCUGUCCUCCAUCCAGGACCGAGGCAAGUUUGUCAUCGAGAAGAUCGUGUACGAGGAUAACAGGGUGCUCGUGUCGGGGCCCUUCGACGCCGACAAGCUGACAUGCAAGCUCUGGUGCAAGGCCAGCAACGUCAUCAAGAACAUUGAGGUCGUCAAGCCGCCGGUGGUAGCCAAGCCGAAGGACGACCCUCCCAAGCCCAAGAAGAAAGAGGACAAGCCCGAGCCCAAGCCAGCCCCGUGCAACCAGCUGGUGCCGUACGCGUAUCCGCUGCCGUACCCGCUGCCGUACCCAUCGGCGUGCCCGUGUGGCUGCGCUACGUCGUACUGCGAGUGCCACUCCAAGCCACCUCCUCCGGCACCGGCGCCGGCGCCCACGUGCCAGUGCCCGGCGUGGUCAUCUUGCCACUGCCACACCUACCCGCCGUACCAGCAGCCCAUGCCCAUGCCGUGCACGCCGAUGGUCAUCUGCGAGGAGAGCCCGCCCGCCUGCACCGUCAUGUAA